AUGCAAGAAGCGGUAAAUGAUGCUAUCACAUCAACAUUCAACACCAAAAAAUCCAAAAACCUAAAUAUAUUUGAAAACUUCCACCACAUAGCAAGGAAGUAUGAGCUUAAAGUUGAUAACUGCAACUACAUACCUCAACUUGUAAAUGAAGAAUCACUAAAAUACCAUAAGAAAUGUAAAAACUUUGAAGUAUGGACUGAUGGAUCUAAAACUGAACAAGGAACUGGAUUUGGUAUUAUUUUACAGUCCAAAAAUAUAACAACUAGACACAAAUUCAAACUUGACCCAAUCCAUAGCAAUAACUUAGCUGAACUACUAAGUAUUGUCUACACUCUCCGAUUAUUACCAACAAAAUCAAAAGCAAAAAUCUACACAGAUAGCGAAAUAAGUAUCAAUUUGCUAUCAAAUCCUAAAUACCGAGGACCAUUUCUCCCCCUUAAAACUGAAUUUGAAUUCCUCAAGAAAUCUAAAAACCUACAAAUCACCAUCAUCAAAGUUAAAGGCCACCAAAAUAGUGGUAACAUUCACGUAGACAAAUUAGCCAAAAAGGGAUGCACAUCAGGAAAAUUGAUAAUUCCUCACAGACAACUUACCCAAAACCAAAUUAUCCUCAAAUCCAAUAACCACUGGAUUCCAGAUAUUGCAACAUUCAUCAAGAACAAACAACUUCAGAAAUGGAAUGAAUCAAUAACUUUGAAGAGCAGGAAUAAGUUUAACCCUUCUUGCAUCUUCCCAACAACAUUCAAUUUCAUGAAGUCAAAGAAUAUCUCUCCCCAACAAAAAUAUGCAAUCUGGAGAAACAUGCACAAUGCUCACAUGAAAACAUUUAAACAACAAACUCACACCUGCCCCAGAUGUAAUUGCACCGGAACUAUUGAACAUUAUUCCACACGUUGCACAUUACUAUCGGAGGAAAGAAUGUAUGCUAAACAACAGAUGAAGAGGCUUCUAAACAUUGAAUUGAUUCCCCAUGACCGAAAUGAAAUUCUAACCUCCUCCAAAUUCCUUAUCGACAGCAGAGGAAUCAUUCUUAACUCCGACACAUAUUUUACAAGAAGAAAACAGGACAUCAUCAAGUACUGGGUAGACAUUCAAGCAAUUCUAUCGUUCUUGAUGGGUAGAGCUUUUAAUCAAUACUGGGAAAACGAAAGACCUGAGGCACCGAAGGGCCAAUAA